AUGGUGGCUUUCUUGUUGCCACUGCAGCUGCCAGCUCCUCCUCUCCACACUCGUCCUCUUCCCCAUCACCGCCCACCAGUCGCCAUCGCCAUGGCCUCGGCCUCCACCGCGGACAGCCCCAAUCCCAUCGUGCUGGGCUGCGGCGCCGCGUCCGUAGACUAUCUGGCCACGGUCGCCUCCUUCCCCAACCCCGACGACAAGAUCCGCAGCCUCGCCCUCAAGGUGCAGGGAGGGGGCAACACGGGCAACGCCCUCACUGCAGCUGCACGCCUCGGCCUCCGCCCCAGGAUCAUUUCCAAGGUAUCUAACGAUGCUCAAGGAAGAAACAUCCUCAAGGAGCUGCAAGAUGACGGCAUCGACACAUCCUACAUGCUCGUUGCUGAGGAUGGGAAUUCUCCCUUCACCUACAUUAUUGUUGAUAACCAAACGAAAACUCGUACGUGUAUACACACUCCUGGUUAUCCCCCGCUGUUGCCAGAGGAGCUCACAAAGGAAAACUUGUCUGCCGCUUUAGAUGGUGCAGACAUGGUCUAUUUUGAUGUGCGGUUGCAUGAGACUGCUUUAAUCGUUGCAGAAGAGGCAAGUCAAAGAAAAAUCCCUAUUUUAAUUGAUGCCGAAAAAAAGAGGGAGGGAUUGGAUGAGCUUCUUAAUUUUGCAUCCUAUGUUGUAUGUUCUGCAAAGUUUCCUCAGGCCUGGACAGGAGCCUCAUCAACACCAGUUGGUUUGGUUUCCAUGCUUUCAAGAUUACCGAAGAUCAAAUUUGUUAUUGUAACUCUAGGGGAGAAAGGUUGCUUAAUGCUUGAAAGAAGCACAAUAGAUGCUUCUGAGGCAGACAAAAUAGACAUAGAGGUACUGUUGGAAUCUCUAGAGAAGAAAGUUGAUGAGAGCUCUACGACACCAAAUUGCAUUACUUCCAUGGCUAAUUUGAGAAUAAGUGCAGAUGAAGUAGGGUCCAUAAGUGGCAGGUUACUGCUAGGCACAGCCGAAGUUAUACCACCCGAUGAGCUCAUCGAUACAACUGGUGCAGGAGAUGCAUUCAUUGGAGCAGUUCUAUAUGGUGAGAUGGUUGCAAUUGCUAACUACUUUGACAGUUUUGAAGUCUAUCACAUGGACUGA